CUGCGUGUAUAGAAUUCGGAGUGUUAAAUCACGUUAUGUAAAUUACAGUUUCAAUUAUAAAUGAAACAAGGUUGCAGACAGCUCAGAAAUGAGAGAAGAAAGAACUUGCCCAUAAUCCCAGCACCCUGACAGCCACAUGGGGCACUGUCCUCAUUCGGUCUUGGCUUGCUGCUUUAGGGUGCCGGCCUUGGUUCUGGAGGGCGGGCUGCUGGGGAAGCUGGGAGGAGGUUGGGCCCUGUCUGCACUGGCCCAGGGGGCAGUCUUCGAAGUUUUGAGCCAGAGUAAGUUGGAAGAUGCAGAGGCCAUGGUUAAGGUCCCAAGCUUGUCAGUUAAACAACAAAAUGCUGGCUUUUCAUCCUCUCUGCACUAACCAGGCUUCUUACGGAUGGAGGAGCAAGGGCAGUGUGUGGUUUGCUGAACCCCAGAGAGGCUGUGGCUGCAGGCAGUGAAGGAGCCCUCCUGCCCGCCUUUGUGGCCCCCAUUGAACUGCACAGCCUGGCACAGGGCUACUUCCUUGCACAGAGCCAUCCCUGAAGCUGCCACUGCCUCCCUGAGGGAGUGCUGAGGUGGGAAGGUCCCCCGUCCCUUCCCCCACCUCAGUCUUGCAGGAUGAGGCACUGGGGUCUUCACUCCCCAGGUGACUAUAGGACACAGUGCCAAGGUCUUGCCCUUCAGAGCCAGCAGGCUGGGGUGGAGGCCAGUGUCACACAGCAUGUGGUCACACUGAACAGCCCUGCAAGGUCGUGGAACAUGCGUUAAGAAGCCUGUCCCUGAGGUCACACAGCCACAGCAGUGACCAUGGCGAGAUCAGGGAUUAGCCAGACUGGAUGUGGGGGAGGUAAGGAAGAGGUUGACAAGUAUCCCACUUCUGGCUCCCCCAGCAGGGCAGUGGGAAGAGUAGGUUGGUGGGGAGGAUUAGGAGUUUCAACAUGUUGGAGCUCAGAAUGCAGACAGGGCCAGAGCGCCCCCUGGUGGCGAGCUGAGCUCAAGCCAACAUUGCCAAGAGCAGUCUUGGGUUUGCGGAAUGAAAGGGUGGACGGAAGCAGCUGCGCUGAACCAGAUUCUUGCCGGGUGCAUGGCUCCACAAAUCCAGAAGGCCUGGCAGUUGUCACAUUCACCAACCAGGUUGGCUUCACCUUGUCACUGUGUAGGCCGGGCCUAUGGUUAAUGUCAGACAGCGUCAAGAUUUCAUCCCCAUGUAAAUGCUCUCUGUCACGCAGUUGCUACAUUAAUUCACCAAGCCCCUGACUCUGGACACUCGCCCAGCUGUUCCAGGAAAGUGGGACGAAGUCAGGUGCCGAGGUUGAAAUGUGCCAGCAACAAGCUCAUAAAGCCCCAGUUUUAUGGACCAUGUGUCAUCUGAACAUACCCCUCUCUGCCCACCCUGGGCCUCUCCCCAGCCCCACUCCAGACAUAAUUCUUGGAAAGGUCAGUAUGGAUGUAGAUGGCUCAUUGCAGCCCUGCCUCCUGCUCCUUACAAAGGGAAGAAUAGAGAAUGGGUUGUGGAAGAAGGUGGUUAUGAAACCCAGCUCUGGCCACCUGGCCAGAUGCAGAAAAAAGGACCGUUGUAUUUCCAUAUGAGUACAAUUGCAUAUGUAUCAUCCAACUCCAUUUCUUCCCGCCUCCCCUCCACUACCAUGUAAUGUAAGAAGAGGUAACGUCCGUAACUUACAUCUCAAGUGUGUAAGUUACAGACCACUAAAGGGGGAACUGGCUCAGCUGGCAGAGUGAACAUCACCCAAACAAGGAUAAAGGGACAUUGUGUCCUUUUUGGGAAAGAGCUACGGGUCUUCUUUUGGGUUGUAGGUAGAAUAAUUGCUUAUGUUAGGCAUGAGUGUGACCGCUUUUAUCUUUAUUUGGAAAUUUAGUAUAGAUUAAAGAGGGGUGUAAGUGCCAGAUUGACAAGGGCUGGACGGUGGUGCUUCAUCAUGUCAACUUGGAAGCUGAACUUCAUUUCCAAGAAUUCCCUUACCCAUUUGUUUCCAGUUAGGGUGGGCCACAGAGUCGCUUGAAUGUUUAGAAGAUGGAAGGAAGUGGGAGUGAAGGGCAAGGGUGCACGUCAGGUGUUGGCGUCCAGAGUUCCUCCAGCAGCCCUGGAGGCUCUUUCUCCAGCCUGCAACAGCUGCGAGUGGCCCCCCACCAAGAGCACCGGCUCCUCCUCCAGAAAUUUCAGGCUCAGCCCCAGACGCAGAAGAAACAGUCCAACUGAGGUAGAAGCGUAUGAGCUCAAACCCGUGGGACCCAUGCACAGCGGUCGUGCUGCCAGCCCUACGCCUGGGGCUGCUGGUAUAUUUGUGGGUGAUAGGCUGUGUCGGAGACACCCAAGUUGGCAGGACCGGAGUGCGGAAGGAGGGUCCGGUCGGGGCUGGACCCCACCAUACGGUGGCGUUGGGGGUGGAGGACCCAAAGCUCCGGGGUCCUUAGAGUCAUCCCCGCUGGGUACAGGUUGGCGGGCAAAUGAGACUGGCCUGGAAGGCACGUUCGGCUCUGAAUCCACCCCCGCCAGGACCAGGGCUCAGCAACUGCGGGACGGAUGGCAGCAGACCCCCCACCCCCCGCGUGUGGGCCCUGUGCAAGGGGACCUGGGCCCCAAGACCCGCCAGGACGCUGCUGCUGGACCCCGGCCCGGGCCAGGCCUGGAGCCUCGCGGCCUGGGGGUCGGGGCCCGCAGCCCCUCUGGAUCCGCUCAAACUCGGCAGGGGCGCCGCCGCCCCGCAGAGCGUCACGCCGACGCCGCAGCAGCCAGGGUCCCAGGGGCAGCGCGCGCGGACGGUGGGAGAUACGGCAGCGCGACCCACCUCGCCCAACUGCCGGCCCAAGACCAAGCUGGCCGGAAAAGGAAGCGCCGGCGGUCCGCCCACUUCCGGGGCGGGGCGAGGGCGAGGCCGGGCGUGACCGACGCACCCGCCAGGCUCUGA